AUGAGAUCUUCUACUUCUGUUACUCUUUCCCUAUUAGCCUCUCAGGCCCUUGCUUCUUCCGGUACUUUAGACUCCACUAAUGAAAUUGCUGUUGACUCUACCAACAAUGUUGCUGCUGUAUCUGAUAUCUCUGCCGCAGCUGUUUCUUCUGCUUACAAUGAAGAUGACGAAACUGUCAUUAGUGCUACAAAUUCAGUAUACCAAACUAACGCGAUCGCUUAUUCAGUCGUUGAAGGUACUAUUGCUGCCACUGCUUCUGAAUCCACCAUUACAAACACCCACAAUUCUAACUUAGUUCAAACGUCCAACGUUGUUAGUCAAGCCGCUCAACAAUACGCAGACCAACCAAGUUAUACUGUUGUCACCACUGAUGAACAAGGCCGUACUACCACUGAAUACAAAUGGUGGGUACCUGCUUCUACCGCCACUGCUGCUGAACAAUCUGUCACCGAUUUAGCUUCUGAAGAUGCUACCGCUACAUAUUCUGCUUUAUCUGUCACUAUCCCAACAACAGGUGCUACUUCCUCUGCAAUCAUCGACGAUGAUCUAUCUAGUUAUGAUGCUACUGCCACCGAAUCUGAAACGUCUACUAGCAAAUGGGCAUAUGGUCCAGUCACUACCGUUACCUCUGUUGAUGCUGAAGGUAACGAUUAUACUUCUACAUUAUGGUGGGUUGCAUCCACCACUUACACAUGGGCUGGUGAAUCAUCUGUUUCCUCUGCUUCUGCCGAUGCAGUUUCUGCUUCUGUCAAGACUAUUAAGAGUGCAUAUGUCACAACCUCUAACAGUAAGAGAGUUACACGUACAUCAACUUAUGAAACUACUAUGUUGAAUAAGGCUAAACAAACUGCAAGCACAAACUCUACAGCUUCAGUUCAUUCCAACAGCACUAACGGUAUCGAUCAAUUAUCUGCCCUUAACGGUCUAAAAUAUGUUGCUUUAGCUGCUUUCUUACUAUAA